GUGAGUCACAGCUCGUCGGGCUGUGGUGAGGUAAGCGGCGGCGCGGAUCGCGAGAAGAAGGGGCACACGCGUUUUUCUCGUACCUUGAAAGGUCCCUGGUUAAAACCUGAUUUAUUUGGAGAUGCACGAAAUACGUUAGGCGGUUUUUGUGUGUGUGUGCUGGUCAGGUGUGGCAUUUUCUUGGAGGUAACUUUUUUUUUUUUUAAUGUUAAAAACAUUCAGUGAGGUGUUCAGACAGAUUCGUUAGAGAUUUGUUUGUAAGUGUGAAAAAUCAUCUCCGGUGUCCCGAGUGUCUAAACCUACCACUUUUUCUUUAUGUGGAAAUCUUCAAAUGUUCAGUGCAUGCGAGAUCUUGUGGCCAAAAUCUACCAUUUGAUGCUGGCAACACCACUGAAAAAAGGAUUCGUCUUCAACGUGUUUCAGUUCCUGAGCUGCUCUGCCAUGUCUCUGGCCUCCUUUCACCUUAUGCAGACUUUGAAGAACUCACCCGCGGCCCUUCGCAAGCACUUCCGGCGUGACCGCACCGAGAGCCUGUCCCAUGGCGAUCCCAUCUUCAAGGUGCACUACCUGGGUACCAAGAAGAUCUUUUCCUUGGACCUGAAGCAGGCAGAGGAUGCCAUUGAUCCACUCCUGGAUGGUACGCCUGGCAAAUUGUCCAAGGAUCACGCCUUAGUGGUGCGGCAGCGCUACGUGGAGGUCAAGGAGCUGAGCACGGGGAGGCAGCUCACCAAGACGUACCUGCACGACAUCGCUUUCUGCGCCUCACACACCACCCGCCCCAACGUGUUCCUCUACAUCUGCAGGCAACCAGGUCAGCAGCUGCAGUGCAGGGUGUUCUGGUGCAGCCGUGUGGAAAGGGCAAAAGACAUGACUGCCUGUCUGGCCCAUUCAUUUCAGAGGGCACUGAAUGACUGGCAGGAAGGCUGUACCACAUUGCCACAGCCCGAGUGCAUCACUAAGGCGGAUGAAGCGGCCACUGCCAACCCUAAGGGGUCUAAAGGGUCAACUCUGCCAUCAAGCCUGGGAAAAGUUCGCUGGAAGAAGAAGGGUUCCAUGUCCCGCAGUCCUCUGAGAGCCAUGGCUAGACGGAGCUCCGCCUCCGACAGCUGGCACUGAGAUGCCCAGAGUUAAUCCUGCUACUCGACCUCUUGACCCCUAUGGGAUCUUACCAAUAUGAAGGCACUUUUUCUUCCUUUCCACCUUUCUAACCAAGUAAAAGAACAGCCACAGCAAGAACUCGAAUCCAAACCUUUCCACACAAAAGUACAGUUUUCGCAGACUGGAGUCUGUUUGAACUGAUGCCAAAUUUUCUGGACAGAGUAAUUGAUGACUGACAAGGGGAAAGGGGAGGAGGGGGGGGGGUUAACUGUUCUUGGCCAGUUGUUUCAUUUUUUUAUUCAUCUCGUUGGUAGUUCUGUUGUGUCCUGGUCUCAGUACCUUGGGACCAUAUGCAGCUUUUUGCAAAUGAAUGUCAACAGAAAUGAAUCUAACCAGAGUUUAACAGGAAGAGUUAAUUUUAAUAAUGUUUAUUUAUUACUUUUUUUCUUAUGCUCUGCUUUGAGUAUGUGGGAGGUGAGCAGACAUGAUCAGUGAGCAGUAAAAUCAGGAAAUGCAUCUGUUUUGUAUUGGAUGUGUCACAUUAGAGAUGCCAGGAAUGGUGUCUGAAAUUGCAUGUGCAAAGGCAGACAAUUAUAGCUAAUUCAAACAGAUUAAUUCAAGUACAAGGUGAUUACCUCCCAAAAUUACAGUUGUAACUAGCACAAACAGAUGUUUAACACACCGGCAGAGGCGUAACAAAUUAGUUCUGGUUCCCUAUCUUGCAUUCCAUUACUAUGAAAGCAAAUAGAAUAUGCUACAUUUAAAGGGCCAGACAAAAUAUACUGUAGAAUAACAAUGAUAAAAUGUAACCUAUUUUGCCAUUUAGUUUGCCUCUCAGCAAAAAUUCAGAUAUGCAAUAAGGUAGGAUGCUGGCUCCCAAGAGAAAAGAAGUGCCUGUACAUUUCUUGUGUGCAAUGAGUAAGAGAACACCAUGUGCCCUAAGCAGUAAUGUGUGGAAUUCUUGUUGUGCACCUGCAUUCAAACGGUCAUUCUAGACUCCCUUAUGUACCCAGCUCUGUUCCUCUCCCUUUCUGUUUUCAUGACUUGGCAAGUUUCUGAACCAGAAUAUCAAGUUUUGUGGGGGUGUUUUUUUUGGGGGGGGUAAUUUAUUAUUAUGAAUUAUUAUUAUUAUUUUUUUUAUUAGCAAAAUCGUACUAAGCUAGUGACCUUUUCAGAUGGUGACAUCCAAAAGCUGAUUUUUGCUAAUUGCAGGAAGGGUUUACAGACAAUGCUGCAUCUGAUGCAACUUGUGCAGGGGUUUAACAGUGUGAAGGGCUCUAGUGAUCUCUUGCCUAAGCAGCAUAGGCUAAAUAUUCUAAACAACCUUGAAUGGUGUCAAUUCAGUCUCAGCUGUUCAGUAUAUACCUUCUGCAGCCCCUAUAAUGUUGCUGUUACACAUUCUGUCUAGAAAUGUUUUUAUUCUGACAGGUUUUAUUCUAAUGCAUAUUAAAGUAUAACUCCUAAUACAAAGACAGUGGGCCUGCAUGCAAGAUCUGUGUGCUCAGUGCAUUUUUUUUAUGUCUGGUAAAUGUGCAUGUUUGUUUUACAAGUUCUCUGUACAUAUUUAAAUAAGUGUCUUUUCUGAAAAAUUAAACUUUUAUACACUAAUUAAUUAUUUGCCUUCUAUGAAGCCUUUUUUUUCUGCUACUGAAAAGCGGUGCAAUGCAAACAUCUCAAGAGAAAAUUAAUUGCCUUGACCAUUUGCUUGGGCUUCUUUUAAGUGCUCCUAGCACUAACCUUUGUAGACUGUAGAUUAAUAGGGUAGUUUCUUUGAUUUCACAGAUUUGAAGUGAUUCAAUGCCUUAAUAAUGUUCUGUUUAAUAUCCAUUGGCAAAUCCCAUGAGCCCAGACAUCAGGGAACCAGACUCAAAAUGAGCAAAAUGCAGUGAAAAUUCUGAUUAAGGAUAUCUGCAAUGCCAGACAUGAAUCACAGUUCUAUAAUUAGAUAAAUGACGAUUACAUGAUUCAGCACUACAUGUGCUCUGUGGAGAGUUCUUGCACAGUUAACAACACAUUGUAAGUGCUGUAAAAGAUUUUCCUAAAAGUCCAUAUUUGCUUGGGCCCUCUGGUCAGUUGGUGCUAAAUGUCACCUGUCUGCCAGAGCUUGCUUCUGUUCCUUCGUGCUUAGACAGGUUAUAGUCCUCUCGACAGGAGCUAGGAAUAGCCAUGGUGGUGUGAG